UAUUAUAUUAAAAUGCAGCAGUACUUAAGGAAACAACUAGUGAUAGCCGGUAUAAUCUAUAUCGGCCAGAUGCUAGUUGGCUUCGGCAUGGGCUGGACAGCCCCGGUUUUGCCGAAGCUCCAGGAUCCGGAACAGUCUCCUAUCUCCACUGAGAUCACGCCGGCAUUAAGCUCUUGGAUUGGCUCGCUGCUGUACAUUGGAUGUAUUAUUGGUCCCUACAUCACUGGUUACUUUUCCAACAUCAUCGGUCGGAAGCCAUGUCUGUUGAUCGGUGGCGUGGUCACAGCGUUCUCCUUCAUCCUUGUCAUCUUCACUGGUAACCUGACCAUGAUCUUUGCCGUCAGAAUCAUCAAGGGUUUCGGUAUUGGCAUCAUCGCUGUUGGCAAUAUUGUCUAUAUUGGAGAAAUAGCAUCAAAAAAUAUACGGGGAAUUCUUCUAACAGCCACUGGAAUCGCCGGUACUCUGGGUACUCUAAUAAUAUUCUCCGUGGGCCCAUACGUUUCUUACAAAGGCACUGGAUGGCUCGGCUUAGGGCUGACAUUAAUGUUUGUCGGCUCUGUAUUACUAAUUCCGGAGUCUCCGAUGUUCCCUGUGAUAAAAGAUAGAGAAGAUGAAGCUAAAAGAAUACUCAUAGAGCUUGGAAGACACGACGAAAUUGAAGAAUUUUUAGCGUCAAAAAUCGAAAAGACAGAGCAGAGAAAUGUCGCUGAAUGGAAAGAAUUGUUCUCAAUAAGAUCGAACAGAAGAGCUUUAUUUAUGUUAUUAACGUUGAACAUAUUCCAACAGAUGAGUGGUAUAGUAGCUAUGUUGUUCUUCACUACAUCCAUAUUUGAAUUAGCUGGAUCAUCAGUUACUCCGCAUAUAGCGACAAUUAUUAUUGGAGUAACGCAAUUGGGUUCUAGUUGUUUUACACCGUUGUUUGUGGAAUGGUCGGGCAGAAAAACGUUGUUGCUUUUAUCAACGGCUGUCUGCGGUAUGAGCUUAGCGGUGCUAGGAACAUACUUUUAUUUUGCUGAACGUGGCUAUGCAGUCGAUGAGACAGUCGGCUGGCUACCGCUUUUAACUUUAAUUGUAUUCUUCAUGUUUUAUGACUUUGGUUUCGGCAUAAUCCCCGGAACGCUGACCGGCGAGAUGUUCCGCUCCAACGUCCGCAGCACAGGCGCGGCCGUGACGUCCACGACCGCGUGGCUCGUCGGCUUCGUCGUCUCCUCCGUGUUCGGGUACAUGAUGGCCGUCGGCAUGCACUUCAUCUUCUGGAUGUUCGCGGCGUCGUGUUUGUGCGCGUGUCUGUUUACGGUGUUCUGUGUGCCGGAGACGAAGGGGAAGAGCUUGAUUGAGAUACAGGAGAUGCUGGAAUGA